AUGCCUGUACGAACUUCAUCAGCUGGUAAGAAAGCUUUGAGUAGACGAAAAGAUUCGGCUAUAUCAAAGAAAAAAAGCAAAAAGCUCAGUGCAGAAGAACAAAUCAUCGAUCCACAACAGGAACAAAUCGAUCGAUUACUUCGAGAACAAGAGCAAUUGCAUUCGAAAUUAAACACAAUCUGUUCGCGCAUUGUUGAAAACAUCAAUAUCGAAGAUUACUCGAAUGAUAUCGAUCUAUCCAAACAACAACCGUGUGACAUUUCCGUGGAGAAUUUACUGUCGAUGAUCGAUGAAAUCUGUUAUUUCCGUGGUGCAUUUCUUAAUCUUGUUCAAGAGACGGAGGACGAGCAAAGCCGUUCGAUUUAUGACAGAGUAACACAGUUAUCAGUCGAAGAGCCGAAAUUAGUUCGAAAUUAUCUUACGGUAGAUCAACGUUUGACAUUUGUUACUCGAGAACGCGAUCUGUGGAAAGAAAAUGCUCAAUUCCUGCAAAUGAUGUAUGCUACCAUAGUCGAUCAACUAGAAAUGGGAAUCUUUCAAAAAUUAAACCCAAACGUAACGGAAAUUCUUCGAGCACAUCGUCUAACUCUCGAAGAUGCUUGUCGAAUCUUCCUCUCGCCAAGUGCUCGACCACUCAACGAACGACGAAUAAAGCGAAUAACUCAUGAACCAGAACCACCAUCGAUUGUUGUCGAUGCAACUGAACUUGUUGUUCCAGUAAAUUCCAAUGAAAAUGUUGGACAAACUGGUAGUCCAUCGGGCAAAGUUAGACGUCGUGUUUCGUUUGCAGAUAAAGUUGAUAUCAUCAUCGAUGAAUCGAAUAUUAACCAUGAAGAUCAGUUGAAUGACCAAACGCGUCUUCCGCUAGCUAGUGAAACAUUAAUCGAAAAAAUGGAUUCGAAUUUACGUAUGUUGAUCAUUAAAGAACUUAGUAAAGAUAGUCAAAUAUCCAAACCACUCUCGAAAAUGAGCUCAAUCUAUCGCACGAAAGGAGAAUCUUAUCAACAACAAAGUCAAUCUCCCAAAUGGAUUGAAUUCGCUCAAUUAAUUGGCAUCCGAGAAUCCGAAAUCGAACAUUGGGCAUCGCAAAAUCUUCAAUAUCCUGCUGGUCGAGUUAUUUCCACUUGGUGCAAUUGCACAUCACCUCCGCCAACAGUUGCCGAACUGUAUUUAAUCGUCUCUUCGACUAAACUGAAUCGAUUAGAUUUGGCACACUCAAUCGAAACUAUCGCUCAAUAUCAUCAAAAAUACAACAGUGAACUACGCGCUCUCAAACACAAGAUUGAAUUGAGCGACCGGAGUAAAUACGAUUACGAGCAACGUUAUCAAUCGAUAACCAGACAAUGUGAAGAGUUGAUCGAAACAAAUAAUCAAUUACAACGGACGAUUAAAGAUGCAGAAUUGCGCAUUCAGCAACUAGAAGGAACUAAAACACAAUUGGAACAAAAAUUGGAUGAUGCAGAAUCAUUGAUUGAUUCUCUUCACCGCAAAGUGAAUGAACUACAGAGAUUCGAUUCUAUCGCGCGCACACAACAAGAUUGUGAACUUCUUCUGGCUAGUACACGUGAAAAGCAUGAGCAAGAAAUGUUGAAUCUCAAUGAAAAACUACAAAUCACACAAAUGAAUCUACAAGAGAAGACGAUGGAAGUCGAUGAACUCCGUGCUCAAUUAGAAACGGCAUGUAAAAACAACGAAAAGGCUAUUUUCGAACGUAUGGAAUCGAUUAGUCAUUUGAACCAGCAAUUACAUGAGUGUCAACGGCAAUACACGGAAUUAUUGACCAGCAAAUCAAUGGAGACGUUUAAUCAAACUGAAAAUAAACGACAAUUAACUCGUCUGACGGAAGAAAAAGACAAACUCGAGCUCACAUGUCAAGAAUUUCAGUCCGAAAUUCGAACAUUACGUGAACGGCUUGGUGUAACAGAGCAUGAAGUAAACAAUGAUCUAUUUGGUAUAUCAAACAUCAGUGUGAAUGAAUUAUCGAGUAUCAAUCGACAAGUUGUUCCGCACAAUUCAACUAGUGUUGAGAAUCCUAAUGACUCGUUAACUAAUGAAAACCAGCAUUUGAAAGAACGUAUCGAUGAAUUCGCCUCGAAUGAGAAGCAUUUGAUUGAAAUCAAUGAAGAUUUACAGCGACAAAUACAGGAAUUGCAACGUCAAAGCAGUUCAAGUUCGGAGGAAGUGGUCGUCUCCAGCACUGUGCAUAUGGAACAAAUUCAUAGUUUCAGAAAAGAAAUUGAAAAAUUAAACAAAGAAUAUGCAAAUCUACAAGAGAAAUAUGAAUACGAAAAGCAAGAAAUGCAAACCAUUAUCGAACAAUUACGCGAAGAUAUUGUCGAUCUGGACAAGACUAAGCAGCUCUAUAUCGAUGUUUGUCAGGAGAAGAACUCGAUCGAGGAUAAUCUCCGUGCGAAAUAUGAAUAUGAAAUUAAACUUAAAUUAGAAGAUUUGCGUCGAACGUUCGAACGAGAUUAUAGCGACAAAAUAACACAAGUUAAAACCCACGAUCAACAGGCAUUGAAAGUUAAAUAUGAUCAAGAUUUAGAACAACAAGCGAAAGAAAUCGAACGGAUGAAAAUCAAUCACGAGAAAACGCUUAAUGAACUAAAUAUCGAGCUUGACCGAUUGCGAGCGAAUGACGAUGCAAAGAGCCGAUUAUGUUAUGUGGAGAAAGAAUUCGAACAACUCAAACAUGAUUAUUCGGAUUUACAUUCGAAACAGAAAGAGUUGCUCAACAAUUGUAAAGGACUCGAAGAUGAAAAUCAGAAUCUCCUACAAACCAUCGAACAGCUCGAUCAAGAAAAACUUCAAUUGAAAGAAAGUUAUGACAAAAUGGAAAGAAAACUAACAAACGAACUUCGUGAAUCGCAACAAGCAGAUCAAAAGCAGAAUCUCGAUGAUUUACAAACUCGUAUACGAAAUUAUGAAAAUGCCGUUAGUCAAUACGAAGAAUAUCGAUUGAAACUCGAAACGAAUCUACAGAAAAUCACGCAACAACGCGAUACGAACAAGAUGGAUCUACGAUUGACGAAAGAAAUGUUAAAUAGCAAAGAGAAUGAACUCAAUCAGUUGAAAAUACGUUUUGACGAGACGGAACAGGCCCUUCAAAGGUACAAAGAGCGCCUUGCAAAUAAUGAUACGAUAUCAAACGACCUGAAGAAACAAAUGGAACAGUAUGAACAGCAGAUUUUAGAGUUGAAUCAAGCACGGAUCAAAGAUCUGAAAGACAAAGAAGUCGAAUGUCGCGAAAAGUUACUUUCCAUUCAAACCGAAAAGAAUCAGUUCGAACAACGUUUGCAAGAAGCGAAUCGUGCUCUCAAUUUGGCGGAUAGUCAUUUGAAACAGGAAAUCGAGAAAAUCAAAGCUAGUCUCGAACAGGAGUACAGUCGUCGUUACGAACGUGAUCAGAAGCAACAUCAACAAGAAUUGAAUCAGUUGCAGCAGCAGUUAACGAAUGAACUCGAAAAGCAUACGAUGGUCACGCCGGUCAUGCAAGCGAAUACUUCGGCUCAAGAUAUCGAAGAAGUAAAGAAAAUGUAUCGAACGGAAAUCGAUCGUUUGUAUCGAGAGAAUAUCGAGUUGAAUCAAAACCAAGCGAAACUCAUCGAUUCUCAUCAGAAACAAAUGCAAAUCAUGAAGAAAGAUUUAGAUGAUGGAUACAAUAACGUUAUUAAUGAAUUUCAACACGAGCAAACGCGUUUACAAACACGCUGCGAACAAUUGAAACAACAAUUGCAAGAUGUUGAACAAAUAAAUGAACAACUGAAGAAAACGCAUUUGGAUGAUAUAACCAAAACAAAAGAGAAAUACACCGUCGAACAAGAUCAUAAGAAUCGACAAGAAAAUCUGCAGAAUCGUCUUGAUCAUUUGGUCAAACUAUUAGAACAAUCGAACGAGACAUUGGCUCAAGAACGUGCACUACACGCGAAACAAGAGAAUGAAUAUCAAGAAACGAUUUCUUCCCUCCAAAAGAAAAUUGCCGAUAUGAUUAAACAGCAUACAAAAGCUAUGGAUGAAAUCAAGCGCGAACUUCACCAGGAACGCCUCUCUACUCAAGAACGUCUAACCACGCGAGUAAUAUCCGUACCCGAAUACGUUCAAACGGAUCUUUCAUUCAACGAUAUUAGAUCAGAUUACAUGGCUACGGUUGAGAAACUACGAGUGGGAAUAGCUCAUUACAUGGACAAUCUGGAUGUAUCAGUAAGAAAGCAAAUCCAAAAUGAACUAGUUCGAAGUCGUAAUUCAAUGAUUAAAGAAAUCCGUCGAGAGCUUUUCGAAAAAAUCACCUUCGCUAUGAGAAGUCAAGGAGUCCCUGACACCACUAUCGAUAUGCAUGUGUUCGAACUCGAUCGUCUUCUAUCACAAAUGGCUCAAGAUUGUUUGAAUUCAUUGAGCUCAUCGCCAUCAACAAUAUCAUCAAUGUAUUCAAUUUCUUCAUCAACAUCGUCGCUAUCGUCAUCCGCACAACGUCAAUUACCUCGUUCUAUUGUCUACGAUUCAGGUUCAUCAUCUUUGUCGAAAUCAAAACUAUCGGAAAAUCAUCAUACACCAUUGAGAAAAUCUAUUGAAUGUCUCUAUGUGACACCAACAACACCAAAGCAGACAGCACCGUUAGCUCCACAUUGUCAACAUUCGUUUGAUGAUGACCAUCGUUCGAAAUCAUCGUCAACCAUGGCCUUAGCUAGUCACAAUACUUCUACACCCACCGUUCUUUUAACUCGAACGCACAAAUCUCCGUACGGAAAUAAGAAUUCGAAAAUGAAGCUCUACAGAAGUGAAGAUGAUAUCAUGGCUGCCGUUCAACGGCAAGAAGAACAUCGUCGAGCUGAAGUCGAAGAUGUUGAUGACGAAGAUGGAGAUACAAUUACUCUAUGUGAGAAUGAAGAUCAACAACAACAACAACAGCAGCCACCACCACCUCAACAAACCAACGUUCGAGCAUUGGCAAGACAAUUUGAACAGAAAACCAACUCUUUACCAGGCCAUAAUCGUUCCAAAGCUCGAAAUCUCGAUCACUCGUUAACAACGUACUAUGCAACUACGCGAACAGUUAUUAAUGAACAACAUGAAGAAAACGAGGAGGAAACAUUAACAUGGCCACAACAUCCUCAACAGCCUCCAUCGCAAAGCGGCGGAAUAAAGAAAUUCGUCCGCAAUGGAUUGAGACUAUUCUCUACACAACAACAAUCGCACACGCAAAACAAAAAGAAAUAA